AUGGAGCGCCUAUCUCUAAACGAAAGCCCUGCCCUGGCCCAUCGAACCCCGCAGCAAAACCAACAGUUCUCCCAGAAUGCCCUUGGCCCAGCAGGCGGCCCACCGCAAUUACCUCCGCAGAUGUUCACGACCGCCGCACAGCUGCUCGAUCUAACAGAUAAGAAACUCGUCCUCAUCCUCCGCGACGGCCGCAAACUCAUCGGCGUCCUCCGAAGCUGGGACCAGUUCGCAAACCUUGUUUUCCAGGAUACCGUAGAGCGCGUUUACGCAGGACAUUUGUUCGCAGAUGUCCCGCGCGGGAUCUUCAUCGUUCGUGGAGAGAAUGUGCUCCUACUAGGUGAAGUGGACCUCGACCGCGAAGACGACAUCCCACCGACGCUGACCAGAGCCUCAUUUGAGGAAGUCUUCGAGCUGAAGAAGAAGGAAGACGCGAAGCGGAAAAAGGGCGAUAAGAAGCGGUACGAUGAGCUGCAGGCGCUCGGUUUCGAGCCAGAGCACAGUGGGGAGAUUUUGUUCUAG